AUGCCGCUAGUGCCGCAGGACGUAAGAGGAGUGAGUACCCGUGCAAUGUCAGAAGCGCAGCGUGUGAGGGAAGAGGGUGCUGCAGCUCAAACCAGCGAUGCAGAAGCCAAGCCUGUGCAGGUGGAUCUUCUGCUACAGCUGCAGCAAAUGAUGGCAGAGCAAGCGCGCCGCCAAGAAGAGCAAGCGCGCCGCCAAGAAGAGCAAGCGCGCCGCCAAGAAGAGCAAGCGCGCUGUCAGGCAGAACAGCUGCGGGAGCUGAAAGAAGAGCAAGCGCGCCGCCAAGAAGAGCAAGCGCGCCGCCAAGAAGAGCAAGCGCGCCGCCAAGAAGAGCAAGCGCGCCGCCAAGAAGAGCAAGCACGCUGUCAGGCGGAACAGCUACGGGAGCUGAAAGAAGAUCAAGCUCGUCGCCAAGAGGAUCAAGCUCGCCGCCAAGAGGAGCAAGCGCGUCGCUUGGAAGAGAUGCAUAAGGAUUUCACGAAGGGACUGCAAAAGGCUGUCGAACGGGUACAAGAAGUGGAGGAAGGGUUAGGCAAGUUGGAACAUCGCGUCAUGGCGAUAGAGGAGAGAGUGAAAGAAGAGAUCUCCAAAAUCAAGCAGGAAGUGACAAGCCCAAGCCCUUUGAAGAGCCGAAGCCGUCUUGCAGCCGUUUUUGACGCCCCAAAUGUGGCCUCAAGCGCAACGAAAGGGCUCAAGAUUCCCCAUUACGACGGAACAACAUCCUGGAACGCGUUCAAGCUACAGUUUGAGACACUUAUGGAGGCUUAUGGUUGGACUCAGAAGGAAGCACAGUCAGCCCUCACCCUGGCCCUCCGUGAUCAAGCGCUCUCAGUGCUGGAAGCUAUCGGCGCAAGUGGGGAUCUUAGCUUAAGUGCCCUCCUCGACGCACUUGAGGCACGUUUUGGAGACAGCCACCUCGAGCACGUGUACAGAGCGCAAUUAAAAGAGCGUACUCAGCGUGCUAAUGAGAGCCUACAGCAAUGGUCCGUGGAAAUCGAGAAACUUGUGCGUCGAGCUUUCCGGUCGACUCCGUCAAUGAUUGAAGGCACGCUUCUCCAAGCGUUCAUUGACGGUAUUCGGGACCCCGAAGUACGAGCUGCUGUUCAUCUGGGCCAUCACAAGAACAUGAAAGAAGCUCUGGCCCAUGCAUUGGAAGUGGAAGCUGUGCGUGGUAACUCCCGUACCUUAUGUCUGCGGGAAAUGACGACUACGGAGCAGGUACCUCCACGCCGUCGGAACUUCAUGUGCUAUGGAUGCGGAGAGCGUGGGCACAUGCGGAGCAACUGCCCGAAGAAGGUGAACCGCCAGGACGCGGCGGAAUCAGACGUGGUAUGCGGGAGCGACGGGCAGACGUACCCGUCACAAUGUGAGCUGGACUCGACAGCGUGUCGGGAACAAUCUGAUCUGCAGCUCGCCUACAAAGGCGAUUGUGCUUUGUGUGAAGGUGUUCAGUGCGCGUUUGGAGCUCAUUGUGCUGCUGGCGAGUGCGUAUGUCCUACAGACUGCACUGGUGCUGCUCGGGAACCAGUCUGUGGCAGCACAAUGCAGACUUUUCCAAAUGAGUGUGAACUACAGAAGGCUGCAUGUAGGUUACCGCCACCCGCCAAACUACACGUCAUAUUUUAUGGAGACUGCAAAGACAGACUGGCCGUCGUACCUCCUAUAGCUAUGAGUACGUAUCAAUAA